AUGAAACACUAAAAGCAAAAUUAGAGAGUUACAGUCAGUACUACAAUUAAAUCGAGUCAAAGUUCCCGAUAUCAGCAGCUAACGUAAUUCAUAGAUAAAAUAUUUAAAUAGAAAAUAAGCAAUGAUGAGAGACUAGAUAGAUUGGGAGAAGUUGAAUUUGAUAUGACGCCUUACACAUAUGGUGAAAUUGGAUUUGGAAAACCAUGCGUUGCUGCUGCUUUAACUCUAAGUCAUUAUUUAAAGAAAUGCAUAGGUAUUGAGUACUUGGAGGGUCUGUUUUAGAAGUCUUUGGAAGUUAAAUCAGAAUACGAAAAGUUAGGUUUAGAUAAUUUACCCGAACUAGAAUUUAAACAAGAUGAUUUCCUAAUAAACUCAGAUUGGGCUUUUGAUGCUGAUGUUGUUUUUGCUAAUGCAACUUGUUUUGAGCCUGAAAUGGUUGCCUAAAUUUCAAAAAUUUUAUCAGAGAAAUUGAAAUCAGGCGGUAUAGUGAUAAUGACUACUAAAUCACUUGUAGAUGAAGGUGAUUUAUUUAAGAAAAUAGGACCAUUCAAAAAGAAGAUGUCCUGGGGAAGUGCUUCUGUUACAGUCUAUAUUAAAAAUUGA